AUGCCUCCAAAACAGCAGGCGAAGAAGCAGCGGGUGCGUGUCACCAACAAGGCGCUCGAGGCGCGGCAGUUCUCCACCGUGCGGCUGCCGAGGAAGAGCGAAGUGCACGCGCCGCAGGUGGACGUUGCGCGCAUCUACGAGGACCGCGCCCAACGCGGCAGCGGCAGCGGCAGCGGCCCCAAGGACCCCAGCAGCGGCAGCGGGAAUAAUGCAGCCGACACAGGGCAGACGUCCUCGCUGGCGUUCGAUCCCAUCCCGAAGGACCCGAUGUUUGUUGUUGUGGCGAAGAGCAAGUACUGGCCGCCGCCGCCGCUGGCGGAGUUGCAGGCCAGCAGCGGGGUGCCCGUCAGCGACGGCUUCGACACGUACGACCGCCGCGAGGAUGACAAGCAGGCGCGGAAGGAGCACACAAAAAUGGUGCGCGGGGAACUCAACCACCCGCGUGGAAAGCCGCGGCAGAACACACUCGUGAAGCUCGACGACAGCGACGAGGAGGGGAAGGGUGAAGGGACGCAGGAUUCCGAUUAG